AUGAAAGGGUACCAUGUCAGCCGUAGCUUGUCACAGCAUUCCUCUGGUGGUGGUGGAGGAGGCCCCUGUCAUUGUCCCCCUGAGGACUGUGAUGGCCCAGGGAGAGACUUCUACCACAGUCAUAACGAUGGUCACUUCUACACUCCAGGAGGUCCAGCUGAGUCUUUGGCACUUGAGAGACACCACUCCCACUCACAUUCUCACAGCCACUCAGGUGGAGGCACCUUUCCCCGUUCACACCCCAGCCAGCAUCCACCUCUGCAGUCGUUUGACUCAUGUGAGGAAUGCUUGUCAUCGGGUCAUGGAGGCAAGAUGCACCGCAUCCCUCCAAACCUGAUGGAUCAGUUUGAAAAGCAGGUGCCCUUCCAUCCUGAUGGCUUCCACACAUUGCAGUAUCAGCGCACCACUAGUGGGGGUGCCGAGCAGCGCAGCGAGAGCCCUUCACGUAUACGACACCUGGUCAACUCCGUCCAACGUCUCUUUGCCAAGUCCCAUUCUUUGGAGGCCCCUUCCAAACGAGAGUACAAUGGGACAAGAGGAGGCAUGGAUUACAGGGGCGAGAGAGGAGGGGGUCAUAGAAGCGGCGGGGAGGACGGCGUGGGCCACCACUCUGGCCACCAGUCCCGCUCUGCUCGGAGGAACAAGUCUCGAGAGCGUAGUAAGAGCGGGGACUCUCGACACGAGUCUGGUAGACGACACCGCAGCAGAACGGCAGGCUGGUGGAGCUCUGAUGACAACUUGGACAGCGACAGCAGCUUCCUGGUGAGUGGUGGAAGGAGAGGAUACCCCAUUGGGCAUGAAAGUCUGGAUGCGGCGAUUCAGGAGCUCACCAUGAAGAGACCAAAGGAACGAGUCAGUGGGCCUGGGCCUGCAGAGUGCAUGGCCUGUACCACCAUUGCACUGGCUGGCAGCGAAGGAAGCGGACACCACAGUCACACUGGUCACCCUGGUCACUCCCUGAAGAGGAGCACAUGGUCUGCGAUGACCGUCAGUCAAGCCAGGGAGGUGUACCCCUCGAGGGGGAUAGGGGGAGGCUAUGAUAAAGCUCUGGUGCCCCUUGACAACAAACUGAAGGAGAGGACCCUCCACUAUCUACAGGUUCCUUCAGAAGACUGGGGGGGUGGAUACAGUGGCAGUGGUGUCACAGACAGUGGAGGUGAGAUUCCCUGCCGUCGCAUGCGCAGUGGCAGUUACAUCAAGGCCAUGGGCGAUGAUGACAGCGCCGAUUCAGACAGUAGCCCAAAAGCCUCGCCUAAGUCCACCCUGAUUGCUCAGAGGGAUGCCUUCAGACGAUCAAUCAGCAUGGAUCAAAGGUAUUCAUGUAAGCAGUGUACAGACUCAUAUCCGAACAGCCGAACAACACCCAAAUCCCACACCCGCUCACGUAGUUACACUCGCUCGCUGACCAGUUCACAGUUAGGAGACACGCUAGACCAACAGUUUGAGGCUGUGUGCGAGACCAUGUUUGGGGAGGUAGAAUCCCAAGCGGUCGAUGCUCUGGAUCUCCCAGGAGUGUUCCGCACGCGUAGCCAUAGCUAUGUCCGCGCCAUCCAAGCCGGAUGUUCCCAGGAUGACGACUGUCUCUCUGUAUUCUCCAUGUCUGGCCCCCAGGGAAGCAUCAAGGCAGGAGCUGUCUUUCCUUAUCGCAAAGGUGCACCUCCCCCACUCCCACCUCGCAUGUCCAAGUCUUCGCUGUCAGUGAGAGCCCAGAGCAGCACAGAGUCCACUCAGGACACCUACUACCAGAGCAGCCAUGGGCGCCCCAAACUGCACAGUAACUCAGUGGACCUGGGCUGCUCCGACGUACCUUCGGGACGCUCUUCCAGAGUUGGCUACUACACUGCCACAGGCCCGGGGCGUUCCCGGCAGCACAGUAACUCAGCAGAGAGCCUUGACGGAGGGAUCAGGGGAUCGAGGGAGAUGGUGCCUUAUGGAGGAGGUCCAGGAGUUGGCGUGCGGGCAAAACACAGCAGCUCAGCUGACAGUCUGCUCGAGGGGCCACCAAGGCCAGCGCGGGACAGGGAUGGUCGGGUUGGGGGAAGCCUUGGGAAGUCAGUCUCCUUGCCGCAGAACAGCAUUGUUCUGAGUAAACCUGGAGGGCAGGAUGAUAGUUGCGGGAGGAAAUGGAGGCCGUCCAUAGCUGUGCAGGUGGACAGCUCAGAGACUCUGUCAGAUUCAGAUGCAGAGGGCAAAGCUCUGACAGAGGUCCAUUCAAUAGGAGUACAGGUGGAAGAUGACAAAAGACGGGCCCGUUUCAAGCGCUCAAACAGUGUGACGGCCAGCGUGCAGGCUGACCUGGACCCUGAGGGCUUCCCAGGACUCAGCGUUGCCGUGCCAACGCAGGACAAGAGUCUCCAGUUUGGCUGCUCCUUCCAACGGCACUCAUCAGAACCGGAGUCAGCUGGCCAGUUCACGGAAUGCCACCGCACUGUGCAUACACAGGGACAGUGGGCCUAUCGAGAGGACUUUAUCCAGAGUGGCUACACCACUGAGGCUUGUCCAGGAGACCCAAGAUCCCACCAGCAUCCGCACCUUCCACCGCGUUCCCACUCACCACUACCCCUUUCAUCUGAGCGAGCAUGGGCCGGGACACCUUCUUUGGAGGGUCCCCGGAGCCUGCCCGACUCGGGUAGAGCCUCCCCUUGUAUGAGGGAUGGAGAAUUCUUCUUGCGCCUCUUGCAAACUGAAGUGGAAAGGAUGGAGGGCUGGUGCCAGAACAUGGAGAGGGAGGCAGAGGAGAAUGAACUCCCAGAGGAGAUUCUUGAGUUGAUUCGUAGUGCAGUUGGCAGUGCCCAGAUUCUCAUGUCUCAGAAGGUUCAGCAGUUCUUUCGUCUCUGCCAACAAAGUGUGGACCCUUCUAGUUACCCACAGCCCACCUCUCAGGACCUAGCAGGCUUGUGGGACCUACUUCAGCUCAACAUAGAAGACAUCCGGGUCAAGUUUCAGGAUCUCCAGCGCCUCAAAGACUCUGGCUGGAAGGUCCCCCCUGAAAAGAAGGAGGAUAAGAAGCUUCCUCCUCCCUUACCAAAGAAGCCAGCGGGCGGGGUGAGUGGCAGCCUACGGGCCGAUAGCGUCGGGGAUGGAGGCGGCGGAGGCGGGCCAGGGGGCCUGUUAGUGCCUCGUGUAGGUGGACACACUCUACCAAUCAGGGAGAAAUCCCUGGACCUAGUGGAACGUCAGAGGACAGAAGCUAGGAGGAGGUUACUGCAGACCAAGCGAACUGCCUCCUUCAGGCAGAACUCAGCCACGGAGAGUGCAGACAGUAUUGAAAUUUACAUUCCCGAGGCCCAGACUCGACUCUGA